CUUUAAAAGAAUAAUGCAUCUAAAGAAAACUAUGUGCACGAUUUUAUGCAUAUAUACAGAUCGUUCAAACACUGUGUUUUGUAGUUGCAUAUUGUGCUUAAUAUGCAAGGAAUAUGGAUAUGCGUGUUCAUGAACCUGUCGAUGUACACAUGUACAUGAAUCAUACAUUCCUGUUUACGCUGACACUAUUGUGUGUUCGCAACUGUUUGGCAUUUCAAUCCGAAAACGAAAUCUUAGCAAGCGAGGGGGAUACUAUUAAUCUUGAGUGUGACGCGAUAGGUGGUUUUCAGAUACAUUUUACACAAAGCAAUAAGGAAAAUGUUAUAAUUGGUGGUUGUACCUCCUUUGGCGGAUGUUAUUUGACGACUGCAACCCUGAUAGCAAAAUACAGUCUGAGAAGAACCAAAAAUGGCGGAGAAUUAAUCCUGAGAAACAUUGGAAAUGGUCACUAUGGAAAUUACACAUGCACAGAGGUGUUUGAUGAAACAAAGUCGGUGUCAGUUUUGGUGUCGCGAAAAGAAAAUAUGGUAGUAAAUGGGUGUAAUGCCCAUGGGGCAUUAUAUUCUGCGCUGACAUUUCUAACACAUAUCAGCCUGACGUAUGUUUUGCGAUGUGUCUUGUUGUUGUUCUCAUUAAUGUAUUAAGUCGUAUGUACCUUUGUGUAGAUAAAAUUGUUAGCCCAAUAAUAAAGGAUUUUUUUCACAAGAUCAUGUAAUUAAAAAACAAAAGAGAUGGCAUGUAUGAAUGUAUAAAAACCGAAAAUAA